AUGAAUUAAGUCCAUUAAGUUCUUUAGAAGCCUUAAAUUGAUAAAAAGAUCUUUGAUACAUCUAGUUAUGCUCUUCCGAAAAGUGAUUCAAUCAUGACUAGAUUGUAAGAGAAUUUCUCAAAAUUUGGAGCUACAUAUUCUUAAUUCACAAUUGCUAUUGUUGUUUUGGGAGGAUUAACAAAUAUUUCAUUCUUAAUUAGUGUUGGAUUGAGCAUUGCAUUGUAUGGAUUCUAUAUUAUUCUAAGCUGGUACGCUGCUUUGAAAAACGAUGACUUACUAGAUUACAUUCCCAAUUUUGGUUUCCUAUCAACUGAUAAAAAGAAGGUUCUAUUGUUUUUAUUGAAUGUUCUUGUUUUGUAUAUUUUUUGUGGAGAUUCCAUAUUCACUUAUAUAGGGGUUGGCUUCCUAAUAUCAUUUCUACACUCCUUUUUGUUCGUAUCCCCAUCUACAGGAGCAUUAAUUGAUGGCCAAACUCAGCAACAAACUGGCUAGGAUCUAUCCCAAUAUGUUAAUUUCAGUAACAAUAACAAUAUUGAAUUAUAAUGUAAAUGAUGAAUAUUAUAUAAUGUUAAUCUAUAUAA